CGUACAACUUGUUAGUAUCGUACUACUGCUUGUACAACUGUUAAUAAACCCGCAGUUAUUCGACCAAGUGAAAUACCGAAGAAACGGCCAUCGCUAUGAACGGAAAUCUCGUAUUUUGUUUUGCCGUCGUCUUCGUCGCACAGGUAAACUCUGAUAUUUAAUUUUCGUAUUAAUUUAUUAUUAUAGUAUUUAAAUGUUGACGAAUGUUAAUGAUAUUUUCGAAUAACCGCCGCGUUUAAUUGGCUAAACAUUUUGAGUUCUUUUUCAGCGUCUUAGUUAAUUUUUAUUAAGGGCAGUUCUGUAAAGAAUACUUUUAUUUUGUAUUCGGAAUACGUAUUCAAAGAAAUGAAUACUAAAGUAUUUGAAUACUUUUAGAAUACACUUAUCCCCGUUGAUUUUUGUCAGUUUUGGAAUGCAUGGAAACUAACGUUUAAUCUUAACACAAUGUACAUAAUAAUUAAUAACGAAAACACAUGCGAAUGAUGCGAUAGGGCCAUAUAGUUUACUUAUUGUUGCCCGUCGGUUGGUGCAGCACGAGAAGUUGUCAACGCGAAUUAUAUUAGAUUUUUUAAAAAGAAUCAAACAAUAAUCACGGAAUAUUAGAUCAAUCAUGUUUCACUCAAAGAGAAAAAAUCCAUUGUUCAUGGUUCAUAAUAAUCUUAAUAUAAAAAUUUGUUUCGUAAAAAAUUUUAAAUUAUUUUUAGAGUUCAAAAAAAGUAUUUUUUAAUGAAUAAAAAUGUGAAAAAUAAAAUAUUCAGACCAGGUAUUUGAAUACUUUUUUUAAAAAUUAUUUAUUCGAUUAUUUAAAAAAGGAAUUUGAAUUUAAUUUAACUAAUUUUGUCAACGAUAUUCGAUUUUUGGAAAAAUUGUCCACUUUACGGUAUAAUUCAAAUAUUUUCAUAAAAUGAAUUAUUUGCGUGAGAUAUUUAACAUUUUAAGACAAUACUACUACACUAGAGUGCAAAUUUCAAUAUUUCAACGGAUUAUUGAAUUCAUAUUUUAUAGGCCGUUACCGCAUCCGUAAUAGAUGGCGAAGAAGUCAGGAAAAUCGGCGAUCAGUUCGGGCAAUCCGGUAUUUCUAUUGUCAACCACAUAACCCAAAUGCUAGGACUACCCGUAAAUACCACAGACACCCAGAAAUCCUACGACAAAAUGAAGUCCUUCGUUACCAGAGGACAGGCAGAGGUUAGAAUAAUUAUAUUUUAUUACGAUAGUCAUAUGAUUUUUUUUCGUUGAUAUCGAUUCAAUUUAAUUAAUAUUUGAUAUUAUUUGUCUAUACUGUUCUUGUAUGUGUACAGUGGGAAAGUGACCUUGUCACGUUAAAGGAUGUGAUAGGUAAAAAUGUCGAUCCAAGAAUAAUUGCGAAAAUCAACGAGAUAGAAAAAGAAAUCAAGAAACAAACUACAGACUCUAAAUUAUUCGAUUUGAAGAAAAUUACCGAUUCAAUUCUAUUUACUACGAAAGAUGUCGAAGUGAGUAAAGUUAUUGUAUAAUAUAACGAUUGCUGUAGCAUAUUUACAGGACUUGUUAAGGAAAUAUAUUACCCAUGCCUUUUUCACAAUUAUUUUUUUUAUAGUGUAUUGUAUUUAAAUGGCUACUGACAUAUUAUUAAAUAAAGUUUUAAAUUCGAAUUUAUUUUGCCUUUAGUCCGAAAAAUAAAAAAAUCCGAUUCUUUUGUACAAAACGUAACCGCUAUAAUAUGAACCUAACCUAAAUAGUAAAUACAUUUUUUUAUAAUUGCUUACCUAUUUAUAACUAGCUGUUUGAUUCCAAUGAUAAUUUUAGAACAUAUUGAAUCAUACAUUACUUACUCUUCUUCUUCUUCUUCUCCUUCGCCUUUAUCCCGACUAUUUCAAAUCGGCUAGUUGUAAACUUUAUACAAUAUGACCAAACUGUUUACUUCAAUAUCUUCCCGUACCUUCCCUCUAUGAAAAAUACGAAAUACGCCACUGAAUGAUUGCCUACAACUAAUAUUACUCGAUAAAACGAUAUUAAAUUGCCUUGGUAAAUAUUUGUGAACAAAUGUAUGCUUUUAAGCCCGUCAUAUUGGAGAAAUAAAUGUUCACGUUUUAAAAAUUAGGAACUUACCUAACAAAAUAAACAAUUGAAUCAAUAUGUUUCAGACCGCCAUCAACAAGGCCCUCGACGGCGUGAAGAAGCCGUGAUUAUUUUCUCGCAUACAGCGGAACAACCCAC